AACAAAUUGUAAGCUUAUUAGGAAAAGAAACGAUGAAGACCCCUAUCGUUAGAUCAUAUGUUAGGUCAAAAGUGCCGCGGCUGCGAUGGAAUUCUGAUCUUCACAACUCUUUUGUUCAAGCCGUUGAACAACUAGGUGGAGAACAUAGAGCAACUCCUAAGAUGGUUUUACAGUUAAUGGAUGUAAGAGGACUCACAAUAUCUCAUGUGAAGAGUCAUCUCCAGAUGUAUAGGAGCAUGAAGUUGGAAGAAUCCAUGCAAGACGAGAUAUUAGCAAAGAGAAGUGUUAGAGUGACAGGAGAAGUGACUUGGUGGCAGUUUCAACAGUACCUUCAUAAUUAUCAACGUCUCCGAGGCAAUGCCAACCUUUUCCAAAAUCAACUAAGGCGAGAAGACGAAAUGUAUGAAAACAUAAUAACAUUUGGAGAAUCAAGUAAUGGAAUUAAGGACGUACCAAGUGACUAUUUUACUUGCACGUCUCUCUAUGAGUCUUCAAGGGUCCGAGUUAGUAAAAGUAAAGCUGAUGAUGACAAUGGUAAAAUUGUUUGUGAUAUUGGAGAUGAUGGUAAUGUUGUUACUGUGUCAGUAAAAUCAACAAAGGCUUCCAAAGGUGAAGAAGAAUCGUCCCUUGAGCUCACUCUUGGUCUCAAGCCUUAAAACAGGAAUUCGAUAUAUGCAGAAACCGUUAGAAUGUAUCUUAUUAAUGCAUGUAUUUAAAAAUAUGUUUUUAAUAAUUUCUGUAUACUAGUGAACACCAUUGCACGUUGAUGUCUUUCUACUGAGAUUUUAAACCGACGACUGUAUGCCGUUUCUUUGACUAAAUCUGUACGUUGUCAAUGGUAAACCAAUAUAAAAAUUUUACAUCUUUAUUUUAGUGAUUUCAGUAAUUAAACUCUAUAAUCUAUCUAUCUUUUUUUUCUUCUUUUUUUGAAUUAUACAAAAAUAUUCCGACCUCAUAGAAGUGGUCCAGACUAAUCAUGUGUUUCCACGUGUCGGUCUCAUGUAUUUGGUGAUGCCGAAAUGUUAAUUCUUUAGUGGUCGGGACUCGAACCUUGGUUGCUUCAUCGUAUUGGGCUUUAAUAACCCUAGGUUUCAGACGUUACCAUGGAAAGAUGUACGAUAAAAUCAAUUCGAAGGAGUGGAGAGAGUGGUUUAGUAGUUGUUAUCGCGAUCAUUAUAUGAGACUCUUGAAUGCUAAAGAAAAACGUUACUUUCAAUCGUCCGUGUGAUUUUUUUUUCCUGCUAGACAACAUUAGGUCUAGAAAGAAUGGCCAGAUUAUUUAUAUGGGCUUUAGGCAUACAGACCCUAUAAAACCAGGUUAGUAAAAGGUCGUAAAGAAGUAAACGAAAGUUUCGUCUUUUCUUCAGAUAUAUAGAAUUGGAUAGGUGUCCUCUUUUGCUCAUAUUUCGUGAAGAUGUGGCAGCAUAAGAGAAGAGAAUUUUCUCUUUUAUAUAUAACUACUAGUGGUAUUUCGGUGCUACGCGCUGAGUUCGUAUAUUUUAUUCUGAAAUAAAUUUACAAUUCAUCUUAUGGUUUUAGUGAAGAAAAUAUGUUUAAAAAUAUAUAAAUGAAAAUAUGUUAAAAGAGAAUGAUAUUUUUCCGAUCCAUUUGAUAAUGAUUAGUGACUGUAAUGUAUUGCUUUGUUUUGAAGUUGCUUGGUGUAAAAUAGAAUAGCAUAAGUGAUUGUGAUUAAUCGAUUCAAUAAAAGUAUAAUAAAAAGUAAAUAAUCGUAACAAAGUUAAUUUAGUUAGAAUUUAAACAUAAAAUAAAGUUGAUGUUUUGUUUAAAGAACAUACUUAUAAUGUUAAAGUACUAUGUGAACAGUAUAUAGAAAACUAAUCUGAAUUUAAACGUGUGUAACCUGUUAACUAUUAAAUUGAGUUAAUGCUUUGACGACUCCAAUUUUUUUAAACAUAUGCAUUUGUGGUUGUGGAACUCAGUCUGGCCGUGAAACCUUAAAAUAUAUUCACAAUAUGACACCAUAUAAUGAAAGAGUUAUUAAUAUUUUAUAGGUGAGAAAAAAUCUUCCUUUUUCUUUUGUAACUGCGUGAGAAAAUUUUGUUCUGGCAAAGGCAAAUUUACCAAAUGAGGAAAAACAAUUAAAUAUAUUGUUUUCAAAAAAUGUUUUGACCAAUCUCAUCAUUUGUUUAUAUUUUUUUUUCUUUUUUUACUAACAUUGUUUAUAUAUUAUGCUAUUUUAUAUAUUUUGGAGAAUUAUUAAAGUCUGAAGAAUGCACCGUUACCACUCACCAAUGUAUUUUUAUUCUUUAUCAAUAGUUUUUGAUAUAUAGGUACGACAUUACAUUGGUACAUGUUUCACAAAAAUAUAUAACUUGGAAAGCAUGCAAGUUCAUAUAAGUGCAAAUGUGUUAAAAUAAAACGAAGCCUUGUUAUAAUAAAACUUGCAGAAAUAGUUCAAACAGCCACAACGACAUUAAUGUAACAAUAAAAUAGAGAGUUUUGUUUUUUUUUUUUGUCACAAAGAGAGUUUUGUUUAGUAAGUAUAGUAAGUGGGGAUAUUGCUUCGGCAACUAUAGCUAUGCCAUGCGGGACUUCUUUUUCGAUUCUCAUGUGGGUCAAGUAUGGGAAUUGGGAAUGGUAGAUGCAGAGCGAACUAAUCCUGCAACAAUAGAUGAGGAUGGCUGAUGGUUGGCAGUUGUAGUUUCACCACCUUCUGCUCGCACACCACUUGCUACCUCUGCCAAAGUGUUAUCAGCACCAAGAAAGCCAUUAGAUGCUACCAGUUUCUCCAUAGGCACAUCAUCACUAGGUUCCUGACCAUCUUCCUGGUGAUAUCAAAGUGAUUAAGAUGAAUAUAUAAUUCAAAGAAAUGUAGAAAAAAUCUCAGUAUUAGGUACCAACAUGUAUAACAAAGUCUGGGAAUGGUGGAUGCUGAUUCUCACUGAUGAUACGGGGUAUGGUGAAGGUCUAGUGCUUGGAUGUGAAAUUGAACUUGACUAACUUGAGCUGAAAUAUGCAAGUUUUUUCCACAAUAUCAGAGAUAAUCUGGGGGAUCUCGUUGUAUACAUGAGCAUUCACACCUGUACCUUGAACUCAGUGAUGGAUGAAAACAUAAUUUAAUAAUUGAUAUAACAUAAAUAUUAAGGUGGGUUUCAUUGCUAUACUCAGAUGUAAGAGAAUUAAUUAAAAUUAAAUGCUUGAAAGAGGGAACCUAUACCAAAAUCUGAGCAGCUUCAAAUGCUUGAAUGCUUGUUAACUUUACAAUUUCCAUAUCAAAGGCCACAAACACAGCAUCAUCCUUCAGGUCUGAUACAGACAGCUCCACGCGGUGCCUGUAGUGAGUGAAUAGACACAAAGUGUAUUGUAGAGUGAGGAAAAUUUGGAAGGUAGCUAUAAUAUCAUGGAUAGCAGAGCUUAAGUAUUGUUACCUGAGGGCAGUCACAAAGUUGGUUUUAUCACAGAAAAGGCAUGUGAAAGAAGAAAUCUCUCACUGUAGCUUUGUUGAACAUUUCGAGCUUCCAAUAUAACACCAUCCUUUAUCUGUCUGAGUACCAUUAACUUUGGCGGUACACAGAAUAAUCUGUUAUAAGUCAGAGACAAUUACAAUUAGAAGUGAUAAAUGCGAGAGUAACAUGAGAGUGUUGUAAAUUUGACCUGAGGCUCAGAUGUGAUAACAUAUUUGUUUAGCUCAGGUAUGGUGAGUGGUUCUAUUUUCUGGGCGUGAAGCAACUUUGAUGAAGAGGGUGUCUGGUUAGAGCCAUCCCCAAUCAAUCUAAAGAGUUUUAAUGUGGUAGCUUAGUUAAAGUGAGGCAAAAUCAUAUGGUAAGAUAUUUAAUGAACUAACCACUAUGUAAUCUGUUAUUAAAAUUAGAGAUACUUACUUUUCAUAGUUUUCUUUUCCGGCAGCUGCUCAGUGUCAAAGUAGAGAUGGUUUCCAGAUGUCCUGUUGAGGAAUAACAGGCUUCAUACUAGGGUGUUUGAUUAUUAAAAAAAAGGUUAAUAUGAGAACACAAUAUAUACAAUGCAGUCGAGAACAUGUAGGGAUUAAUGCAUGAGAGAUUAUAAAUAUUCAGAUUUCUCACCUCCUACAAGCUUAGGGUUUAUGCUAGUAACCAACACAACUUUUGGCUCAGAGCCGUAGCUGUCCAAUUUGCUAUGAAAUGCGAAAGCUAAACCGUCAAACAGGCUAACACAUACAUUCACGUCCCUGUGUAGAUUCAAUGUUAAUAAUAUUCAUAAAAUCUAAGUUCAGAUAUACAGUCAAAAACGAUUAAAUCUACAAUUGAAUUCCAUGUACACAAAGUACCUUAUGUAGCGUAAGCAUGACACACUAUGAACCGUGUGUUCCAUCAUUGAUGAUAGCAAUUAACUCACCAAGUAUAUCUUGCAAGCAAUGUUUUUAAAUCCGACCCGGACACUGAACCGGACGACUUACCGGAUUGCUGGGUUACUGGGUCGACCGCGGAUGAACCGCGGGUUAAUAAAUAAAUUAAUUUUAUUAUAUAAUAAUAUAUCAGCUAUGUAAAAUAAAAAAAUAGAAACUAAAGUUUAAAUUUUCUAAAUGUUUUUUAAAACAUAAAAUAAUAGUUUGGAUAUGUAUAUAUUUUAUGUUUAAAAACUUUUAGAAAAUACUUAACUUUUAUUUUUAUAUUUUUAUUUUUAUUUGACAUACAAAAUAUCAAAAAGUAGUUUAGACUAUUUAAAAUUUUUUCCAACAAAGUAAGAUUUACGACAUCUAAAAAAUCAAGACAUAAAAUUUAUAAAUAUUUAAAUGUCUAAUUGAAUAAUAAAUUAAACUUCAAAUACAAAAUAAACCAAAAAUAAAAGAUCAUUGUAAUAAAAUGUCAAUAACGGAAAUAAACUAACACCAAAUCACAUCAACUAAUUUUAGUUAUCUCUACCAUCGUUCACUUCAUUUUCUUCAGGUGGCAUAGUGAAACUGAAAUCUUCAUCAAAAUCUAAAAAUCACAAAUAUAAAACUGAAAAAGAAAAACUUAACUUUUUUUUGCCAGCACCUAACUUCUUAAUUGUAAACUUAGAAUAUAAAACAUAAUCUAAAAACUUAAUCAAAACUUAAAAAAAUGAAGUAAAAGUUAUUUAUUGGUUCGACCGGUGGUUCAACCGUUAUCAGGUUCCGGGUUUUACUGGAUUUUUACGGGUAUUUACGGGUUUUUAAAUAUUGGGUUUUUCAUAAAAUCCAAACCGGAUUUUUUCUUGGUUACCGGGUUUACCGGUUCAACCGCGGGUCCGGGUCGGGUUUCAAAACACUGCUUGCAAGUUUACUAGUCCAAUGGGGUGAAUAAUACGGUUACAACUUGUUGAGCAGUCAGAUAUAGAAGAUCCAAAGCAUACAUGGUAGUUGUUUAUUGGUAUUUGCCAGUGCCAAUAGAUCGUUGUAGCUGUGGAAUCUUCACCAUAUUGGACUUUUUAUCCUCAAGUUAAUCACCACCCGGCCAUAAGUCCUUGUUAUCUAUCUAUCUAUAUCUAUUAUAAUAAAGUAGGAUUGUCUAUCUCCUCCUGCGUCCACGUCAUCAAGGAAGAAGGAGCAUUUUUGGACAUGUGUCCUCUCUCUUUUACGUGAUCUUUGUAAUUGUUAUUUUAACUUUUUGGGCUACUAAUGUUUUUUUCGUUUAUGGGCUCUUCAUAGAUGGCCCAUCUCUUUCUAGGGUUUUUGCUUGCUGCGACCAGGACUCGGCUCCUUCUCCAAAUCUCUUCGUCUUCUAGAAACUCAGACCAUCACCUCUGUAACGUCAUCCGUUUGUGGCUUCGAUCUCAUCAUUUACUGCUUACCCAUUACUCAUUCCACUCUCUCUAAAUUAAACAUCGUCAUUAUCAUCAAAAGAGGCCGCCUGAGACUCUUCACUAUAAAAUGGUACCUUCUCAGAGAUGAAUAGCCACAGUUGUACGAGAUCUCUGCUUACGCGUUUAGUGACGUUACACAGAGCGAUAACAAAUUUCGGCUCUCUGAUGCCGGAAUUACAAUGGAAAGAUGUCUGGCUGCACCACCAUGGACCGUCGUAUGAUAUCCAAGCUUGACAGUACUUCUUGCUCUAUCUUGAAGAUCUCUUGUAAGUCUUUCUACAUUUAAUCUGCAUAAUUAUGCUUUCUCCGGGAUUUGAAACUCAGAUCUCAUGAUGUAGAAUUAUUAAUUAACCCUUAGUCAAACCACUGGAUCAAGGGAGCUUCAUCUCAUAGCUAUCUCAUUAAAAAGAUGUUUAGUGAGUUAUAGAUAAUACACAAAUAAGGAAAUCUAGAUAAGAUUAAGAAAUUUGGAUAAGUUUUUUGUUAUCAUAUUACAUUACAUGUAGAAUAAGAAAAUAGUUUAUAUAUAAAUAGUUAAUAUAAUUGUUCUAUAAGAAAACCAUAAAGAGUUUUAGUUUUGACUGAGUUUCUAAAAUGAUCAGAAAAUUGUUCUUAUAAUUUUGGGAAAUUACUCAAAAUGACUCAAAUUAUAUAUGUAAUGACUAGAAUAACUCUUAUAAUUUUGUAUCUACUAGAAUAACUCAUAAGGGAAACAAAAAUACCAAAAAACCAGUCUAAGCUGCCAUUAUAUUUUAUUAAUAGGAAUAAAUUUUAAUUGUGUAAAAGCAAAAAAAAAAAAAUAGAAGGUCGACUUCUCUUUCUCUUUCGCAGCCGCAUGGGACGACACCAAAGGAGAUUUUUUCUCCGACACUUCCAUCUCCGAUCUCCGACACCUCUUUCUCCAUCACCACCUUCGAAGGUCACGGCCGUAUAUCAAUUUCUAACACCCCAACCCCAUCUCGUCUUCCUGUUUGUUGUCGUCGACAAACCCUAACCCCACACCACCGAUUUAAGUCACCACCGCAUUCAACUCCCAGAAACUUGAAUCCAUACGGUAUUGGAUUAUGAGGCCAAGGUUAAGACACAUAGGAUCAAAUUCUCAAUUUUUCUCGUGUGGGUGAAACUGACUCAAGACAAGACAAGAGAAAGAGACUGAAACAUGCUCAAGACGGGAAAUGAUCAAGAGUGUGCUGAGAUGGGGAUUGACUGAUCUGAGUUUUUUUCUCUAUUGUAGUUGUGGGGCUUGUAACACUUAGCAUCUUGGAAUGAACGAAAGAAAUUAGAUACCUUGUUGUUCCCUAAAAGUUUAUUGGCAUUGUAAAGAGUUUAAAUUGUUGAUGUCAUCCACAUCCUCUUUUGAGCACACAGUGGGGUAGUAAUAGAUCACAUCUUCAUUUC